AUGUAUUCGUGUCCAUCUGCCCAUCUACGUCUAUCCUUACCCAUUUGCCCAUGUCUAUUAAUCCGUCGCCAUCAGCUCAUUUCUAACGGUCUCAAUCCGUCCAUGUCCUUCAAUCCGUCACCAUCCGCUCAUAUACAUCUAUCCUUCCCUAUCUGCCUAUGUACAUCUAUUCGUCUCCAUCUGCCCAUCUACGUCUAUCCUUCCCCAUUUGCCCAUGUCUAUUUAUCCGUCGCCAUCAGCUCAUUUCUAUCGGUCUCAAUCCGUUCAUGUCCUUCAAUCCGUCACCAUCCGCUCAUAUACAUCUAUCCUUCCUAUCUGCCUAUGUACAUCUAUUCGUCUCCAUCUGCCCAUCUACGUCUAUCCUUCCCCAUUUUUAUCCCAUGUCUUUAUCCGUCGCCAUCCGUCGCCAUCAGCUCAUUUCUAUCGGUCUCAAUCCGUUCAUGUCCUUCAAUCCGUCACCAUCCGCUCAUAUACAUCUAUCCUUCCCUAUCAGCCUAUUUACAUCUAUUCGUCUCCAUCUGCCCAUCUAUUCGUCCAUCCAUCCUUCCCCAUUUGCCCAUGUCUAUUUAUCCGUCGCCAUCAGCUCAUUUCUAUCGGUCUCAAUCCGUUCAUGUCCUUCAAUCCGUCACCAUCCGCUCAUAUACAUCUAUCCUUCCCUAUCUGCCUAUGUAUAUCUAUUCGUCUCCAUCUGCCCAUCUACGUCUAUCCUUCCCCAUUUGCCCAUGUCUAUUUAUCCGUCGCCAUCAGCUCAUUUCUAUCAGUCUCAAUCUGUUCAUGUCCUUCAAUUCAAUCCGCUCGUCAUCUAUCCCCUCCUUAUCUGCCUAUGUAUAUCUAUAUCCAACUGCCCAUCUUCUAUCCUUCCCAUUUGCCCAUGUCUAUUUAUCCGUCGCCAUCAUCAUUUCUAUCGGUCUCAAUUCAUGUCCUUCAAUCUGUCACCCAUCCGAUCUCCUGCCCUAUCUGCCUAUGUACAUCUAUUCGUCUCCUCUGCCCAUCCUUCCCCCCAUUUGCCCAUGUCUAUUUAUCCGUCGCCAUCAGCUCAUUUCUAUCGGUCUCAAUCCGUUCAUGUCCUUCAAUCCGUCACCAUCCGCUCAUAUACAUCUAUCCUUCCCUAUCUGCCUAUGUAAAUCUAUUCGUCUCCAUCUGCCCAUCUACCUCAUUUCUAUCGGUCUCAAUCCGUUCAUGUCCUUCAAUCCGUCACCAUCCGCUCCAUAUAUAUCUAUCCUUCCCUAUCUGCCUAUGUACAUCUAUUCGUCUCUAUCUGCCCAUCUACUCAUCUAUCCUUUCCCCAUUUGCCCAUGUCUAUUUAUCCGUCGCCAUCAGCUCAUUUCUAUCGGUCUCAAUCCGUUCAUGUCCUUCAAUCCGUCACAUCCGCUCCUUCUAUCCUUCCCUAUCUGCCUAUGUAUAUCUAUUCGUCUCCAUCUGCCCAUCUACGUCUAUCCUUCCCCCAUUUACCCAUGUCUAUUUAUCCGUCGCCAUCAACUCAUUUCUAUCGGUCUCAAUCCGUUCUGCCCUUCAAUCCGUCACCAUCCGCUCAUAUACAUCUAUCCUCCCAUCUGCCUAUGUAAAUCCAUUCGUCUCCAUCUGCCCAUCUACGUCUAUCCUUCCCCAUUUGCCCAUGUCUAUUUAUCCGUCGCCAUCAGCUCAUUUCUGUCGGUCUCAAUCCGUUCAUGUCCUUCAAUCCGUCACCAUCCGCUCAUAUACAUCUAUCCUUCCCUAUCUGCCUAUGUAAAUCUAUUCGUCUCCAUCUGCCCAUCUACGUCUAUCCUUCCCAUUUGCCCAUGUCUAUUUAUCCGUCGCCAUCAGCUCAUUUCUAUCGGUCUCAAUCCGUUCAUGUCCUUCAAUCCGUCACCAUCCGCUCACUUACAUCUAUCCUUCCCUAUCUGCCUAUGUACAUCUAUUCGUCUCCAUCUGCCCAUCUACGUCUAUCCUUCCCCAUUUGCCCAUGUCUAUUUAUCCGUCGCCAUCAGCUCAUUUCUAACGGUCUCAAUCCGUUCAUGUCCUUCAAUCCGUCACCAUCCGCUCAUCUACAUCUAUCCUUCCCUAUCUGCCUAUAUAAAUCUAUUCGUCUCCAUCUGCCCAUCUACGUCAAUCCUUCCCCCAUUUGCCCAUGUCUAUUUAUCCGUCGCCAUCAGCUCAUUUCUAUCGGUCUCAAUCCGUUCAUGUCCUUCAAUCCGUCACCAUCCGCUCAUAUACAUCUUAUCCUUCCCCAUCUGCCUAUGUACAUCUAUUCGUCUCCAUCUGCCCAUCUACGUCUCCCUUCCCCAUUUGCCCAUGUCUAUUUAUCCGUCGCCAUCAGCUCAUUUCUAUCGGUCUCAAUCCGUUCAUGUCCUUCAAUCCGUCACCAUCCGCUCAUAUACAUCUAUCCUUCCCUAUCUGCCUAUGUAUAUCUAUUCGUCUCCAUCUGCCCAUCUACGUCUAUCCUUCCCCAUUUGCCCAUGUCUAUUUAUCCGUCGCCAUCAGCACAUUUCUAUCGGUCUCAAUCUGUUCAUGUCCUUCAAUCCGUCACCAUCCGCUCAUAUACAUCUAUCCUUCCCUAUCUGCCUAUGUACAUCUAUUCGUCUCCAUCUGCCCAUCUACGUCUAUCCUUCCCCAUUUGCCCAUGUCUAUUUAUCCGUCGCCAUCAGCUCAUUUCUAUCGGUCUCAAUCCGUUCAUGUCCUUCAAUCCGUCACCAUGCUCUCAUAUACAUCUAUAAUUCCCUAUCUGCCUAUGUAAAUCUAUUCGUCUCUAUCUGCCCAUAUACGUCUAUCCUUCCCUAUUUGCCCAUGUCUCUUUAUCCGUCGCCAUCAGCUCAUUUCUGUCGGUCUCAAUCCGUUCAUGUCCUUCAAUCCGUCACGAUGCGCUCAUAUAUAUCUAUCCUUCCCUAUCUGCCUAUGUACAUCUAUUCGUCUCUAUCUGCCCAUCUACGUCAAUCCCUUCCCAUUUGCCCAUGUCUAUUUAUCAGUCGCCAUCAGCUAAUUCCUAUCGGUCUCAAUCCGUUCAUGUCCUUCAAUCCGUCACCAUCCGCUCAUAUACAUCUAUCCUUCCCAAUCUGCCUAUGUAUAUCUAUUCGUCUCCCAUCUGCCCAUCUACGUCUAUCCUUCCCCAUUUGCCCAUGUGUAUUUAUCCGUCGCCAUCAGCUCAUUUCUAUCGGUCUCAAUCCGUUCAUGUCCUUCAAUCCGUCACCAUCCGCUCAUAUACAUCUAUCCUUCCCUAUCUGCCUAUGUAAAUAUAUUCGUCUCCAUCUGCCCAUCUACGUCUAUCCUUUCCCAUUUGCCCAUGUCUAUUUAUCCGUCGCCAUCAGCUCAUUUCUAUCGGUCUCAAUCCGUUCAUGUCCUUCAAUCCGUCACCAUCCCCUCAUAUACAUCUAUACUUCCCUAUCUGCCUAUGUAAAUCUAUUCGUCUCCAUCUGCCCAUCUACGUCUAUCCUUCCCCAUUUGCCCAUGUCUUUUAUCCGUCGCCAUCAGCUCAUUUCUAUCGGUCUCAAUCCGUUCAUGUCCUUCAAUCCGUCACCAUCCUUCCCAUCUGCCUGUACAUCUAUCCUUCCCCAUCUGCCUAUGUAUUUACCCAUCUAUUCGUCUUUCCAUCUGCCCAUCUCCGUCUAUCCUUUCCCCAUUUGCCCAUGUAUUCAUCUCCGUCGCCAUCAGCUCAUUUCUAUCGGUCUCAAUCCGUUCAUGUCCUUCAAUCCGUCACCAUCCGCUCAUAUACAUCUAUCCUUCCCUAUCUGCCUAUGUAAAUCUAUUCGUCUCCAUCUGCCCCAUCUACGUCUAUCCUUCCCCAUUUGCCCAUGUCUAUUUAUCCGUCGCCAUCAGCUCAUUUCUAUCGGUCUCAAUCCGUUCCAUGUCCUUCAAUCCGUCACCAUCCGCUCAUAUACAUCUAUCCUUCCCUAUCUGCCUAUGUACAUCUAUUCGUCUCCAUCUGCCCAUCUACGUCUAUCCUUCCCCAUUUGCCCAUGUCUAUUUAUCCGUCGCCAUCAGCUCAUUUCUAUCGGUCUCAAUCCGUUCAUGUCCUUCAAUCCGUCACCAUCCGCUCCUAUACAUCUAUCCUUCCCAUAUCUGCCUAUGUAUAUCUAUUCGUCUCCCAUCUGCCCAUCUACGUCUAUCCUUCCCCAUUUGCCCAUGUCUAUUUAUCCGUCGCCAUCAGCUCAUUUCUAUCGGUCUCAAUCUGUUCAUGUCCUUCAAUCCGUCACCAUCCUCAUAUACAUCUAUCCUUCCCUAUCUGCCUAUGUAUAUCUAUUCGUCUCCAUCUGCCCAUCUACAUCUAUCCUUCCCCAUUUGCCCAUGUCUAUUAUCCGUCGCCAUCAAGCUCAUUUCUAUCGGUCUCAAUCCGUUCAUGUCCUUCAAUCCGUCACCAUCCGCUCAUAUACAUCUAUCCUUCCCAUCUGCCUAUGUAAAUCUAUUCGUCUCCAUCUGCCCAUCUACGUCUAUCCUUCCCCAUUUGCCCCAUGUCUAUUUAUCCGUCGCCAUCAGCUCAUUUCUAUCGGUCUCAAUCCGUUCAUGUCCUUCAAUCCGUCACCAUCCUCAUAUACAUCUAUCCUUCCCUAUCUGCCUAUCUCAUUUCUAUCGGUCUCAAUCCGUUCAUGUCCUUCACCAUCGUCUCACAUCUAUCCUUCCCUCAUAUAUACAUCUCCAUCCUCUACGUCUAUCCCUGUCUAUCUCGCCACCAGCUCAUUUCUAUCAUCUAUUUCAUUCGUCUCCAUCCGCCCAUCUAUCCUCUAUCCCUUCCCCAUUUGCCCAUGCCCAUUUAUCCCUUCGCCAUCUAUUAUCCGUCGCCAUCAGCUCAUUUCUAUCGGUCUCAAUCCGUUCAUGUCCUUCAAUCCGUCACCAUCCGCUCAUAUACAUCUAUCCUUCCCUAUCUGCCUAUGUAUAUCUAUUCGUCUCCAUCUGCCCAUCUACGUCUAUCCUUCCCCAUUUGCCCAUGUCUAUUUAUCCGUCGCCAUCAGCUCAUUUCUAUCGGUCUCAAUCCGUUCAUGUCCUUCAAUCCGUCACCAUCCGCUCAUAUACAUCUAUCCUUCCCUAUCUGCCUCAUGUAAAUCUAUUCGUCUCCAUCUGCCCAUCUACGUCUAUCCUUCCCCAUUUGCCCAUGUCUAUUUAUCCGUCGCCAUCCAGCUCAUUUCUGUCGGUCUCAAUCCGUUCAUGUCCUUCAAUCCGCCACCAUCCGCACAUAUACAUCUAUCCUUCCCUAUCUGCCUAUGUAAAUCUAUUCGUCUCUAUCUGCCCAUCUACGUCUAUCCUUCCCCAUUUGCCCAUGUCUAUUUAUCCGUCGCCAACAGCUCAUUUCUAUCGGUCUCAAUCCGUUCAUGUCCUUCAAUCCGUCACCAUCCGCUCAUAUACAUCUAUCCUUCCCUAUCUGCCUAUGUAAAUAUAUUCGUCUCUAUCUGCCCAUCUACUUCUAUCCUUCCCCAUUUGCCCAUGUCUAUUUAUCCGUCGCCAUCAGCUCAUUUCUGUCGGUCUCAAUCCGUUCAUGUCCUUCAAUCCGUCACGAUCCGCUCAUAUACAUCUAUCCUUCCCUAUCUGCCUAUGUAUAUCUAUUCGUCUCCAUCUGCCCAUCUACGUCUAUCCUUCCCCAUUUGCCCAUGUCUAUUUAUCCGUCGCCAUCAGCUCAUUUCUAUCGGUCUCAAUCCGUUCAUGUCCUUCAAUCCGUCACCAUCCGCUCAUAUACAUCUAUCCUUCCCUAUCUGCCUAUGUAAAUCUAUUCGUCUCUAUCUGCCCAUCUACGUCUAUCCUUCCCCAUUUGCCAAUGUCUAUUUAUCCGUCGCCAUCAGCUCAUUUCUAUCGGUCUCAAUCCGUUCAUGUCCUUCAAUCCGUCACCAUCCGCUCAUAUACAUCUAUCCUUCCCCAUCUGCCUAUGUACAUCUAUUCGUCUCCAUCUGCCCAUCUACGUCUCUCCUUCCCAUUUGCCCAUGUCUAUUUAUCCGUCGCCAUCAGCUCAUUUCUAUCGGUCUCAAUCCGUUCAUGUCCUUCAAUCGUCACCAUCCGCUCAUAUACAUCUAUCCUUCCCUAUCUGCCUAUGUAAAUCUAUUCGUCUCCAUCUGCCCAUCUACGUCUAUCCUUCCCCAUUUGCCCAUGUCUAUUUAUCCGUCGCCAUCAGCUCAUUUCUAUCGGUCUCAAUCCGUUCAUGUCCUUCAAUCCGUCACCAUCCGCUCAUAUACAUCUAUCCUUCCCUAUCUGCCUAUCUCAUUUCUAUCGGUCUCAAUCCGUUCAUGUCCUUCAAUCCGUCACCAUCCGCUCAUAUACAUCUAUCCUUCCCUAUCUGCCCCCUAUAUCUAUUCGUCUCCAUCUGCCCAUCUACGUCUAUCCUUCCCCAUUUGCCCAUGUCUAUUUAUCCGUCGCCAUCAGCUCAUUUCUAUCGGUCUCAAUCCGUUCAUGUCCUUCAAUCCGUCACCAUCGCUCAUAUACAUCUAUCCUUCCCUAUCUGCCUAUCUCAUUUCUAUCGGUCUCAAUCCGUUCAUGUCCUUCAAUCCGUCACCAUCCGCUCAUAUACAUCUAUCCUUCCCUAUCUGCCUAUGUAAAUCUAUUCGUCUCCAUCUGCCCAUCUACGUCUAUCCUUCCCCAUUUGCCCAUGUCUUUUAUCCGUCGCCAUCAGCUCAUUUCUAUCAGUCUCAAUCCGUUCAUGUCCUUCAAUCCGUCACCAUCCGCUCAUAUACAUCCAUCCUUCCCUAUCUGCCUAUGUAUAUCUAUUCGUCUCCAUCUGCCCAUCUACGUCUAUCCUUCCCCCAUUUGCCCAUGUCUAUUUAUCCGUCGCCAUCAGCUCAUUUCUAUCGGUCUCAAUCCGUUCAUGUCCUUCAAUCCGUCACCAUCCGCUCAUAUACAUCUAUCCUUCCCUAUCUGCCUAUGUACAUCUAUUCGUCUCCAUCUGCCCAUCUACGUCUAUCCUUCCCCAUUUGCCCAUGUCUAUUUAUCCCGUCGCCAUCAGCUCAUUUCCCCAUCCUAUCUCCAAUCCGUUCAUGUCCUUCAAUCCGCCACCAUCCGCUCAUAUAUUUCAUCUCAUCCUUCCCUAUCUCUGCCUCAUGUAUAAUCUAUUCGUCUCCAUCUGCCCAUCUACGUCUAUCCUUCCCCCAUUUGCCCCAUGUCUAUUUAUCCGUCGCCAUCAGCUCAUUUCUAUCGGUCUCCAAUCCGUUCAUGUCCUUCAAUCCGUCACCAUCCGCUCAUAUACAUCUAUCCUUCCCUAUCUGCCUAUGUAAAUCUAUUCGUCUCCAUCUGCCCAUCUACGUCUAUCCUUCCCAUUUGCCCAUGUCUCUAUUUAUCCGUCGCCAUCAGCUCAUUUCUAUCGGUCUCAAUCCGUUCAUGUCCUUCAAUCCGUCACCAUCCGCUCAUAUAUACAUCUAUCCUUCCCUAUCUGCCUAUGUAAAUCUAUUCGUCUCCAUCUGCCCAUCUACGUCUAUCCUUCCCCAUUUGCCCAUGUCUAUUUAUCCGUCGCCAUCAAGCUCAUUUCUGUCGGUCUCAAUCCGUUCAUGUCCUUCAAUCCGUCACCAUCCUCUCAUAUACAUCUAUCCUUCCCUAUCUGCCUAUGUAAAUCUAUUCGUCUCCAUCUGCCCAUCUACGUCUAUCCUUCCCCAUUUGCCCAUGUCUAUUUAUCCGUCGCCAUCAGCUCAUUUCUAUCGGUCUCAAUCCGUUCCAUGUCCUUCAAUCCGUCACCAUCCGCUCAUAUACAUCUAUCCUUCCCUAUCUGCCUAUGUAAAUAUAUUCGUCUCUAUCUGCCCAUCUACUUCUAUCCUUCCCCAUUUGCCCAUGUCUAUUUAUCCGUCGCCAUCAGCUCAUUUCUGUCGGUCUCAAUCCGUUCAUGUCCUUCAAUCCGUCACCAUCCGCUCAUAUACAUCUAUACUUACCUAUCUGCCUAUGUAA